GAUAUUUGGAAGUUGUUUAAGCAACAACACAUCUCAUCUGAUAUUAGGCCUACAAUUUGGGAAACUUGUGUGCGUGUUCGAAAAGAUAACACACGCAAGUCGCUAGGAAAGAAAGUUGAUAUGAUUCUUAACAGCUGAGGGGAGGCUAAUAAAAAAGAUAUAAUGUUCAGGCGGAAGGGUAAUAAGUAUUUAAAUCCUUUGAAUAUGAUUGAACAUUUGUGACUUGACUUGGUGGUAGAUUUGCGUCUCAAAUUAAUUUGUUAAUCCAUAAAUGGCAUUAAUCAGCCUGAUAAUAACUAAAAUAAUAUAAUUUAUUUAAUAAUGUUAAAAAACACAUUAAUAAUUUAAAAACACUUGAUGACUUGAUUAAACUUCGUCUUCGUAAUUCAAACUCUAAAAAUUACUUUACAUUGUUUCAACAAAUGAGCUGAUUUGGUUGGUGAAUCUGAAUAUGAAGAUAUGAAUAUCACUUUUUGUUGAUAGUAAUGAUAGAUACUUGAUAGACCUAUAUUUACAUUACAUACUUACUUUGGACUACUACAUGAAAAACUAUUUUAAAUAAAAAAUAGAUCUAUGCUAAACGCAAUGAAGGUUACUAUUCAUAAGUAGGCCCUACACUUCCACUCAUAGUCUGACAUAGACUACUCAGUCACACUGAGUAAACUUGCUGGCUAAUACUGGGUAGUCUAUUUAGGGCCCUAGGCAGUAGGGCCUACUGGUAGUAGUCAGUAGGGAUCUCAAACAAAUUCAACUUAAACCCCAAAGAGCCUAAUGCAGAACCGUGCGGAAAAACUGGGGGGGGGGGGUGGGCAAAGCAGGCACCAACAUCAUCUUUAUAUUGCCUAUAAAUUAUUAGCAUAUAGAGCAGUGGUUCUUAACCUUUUUGGAGGUACCGAACCCCACUAGUUUCGUAUGUGCAUUCACCGAACCCUUCUUUUCCUUUAAAAUUUUUCUGAUUUUUUUUGGACCUGCGCCAAACCCCUGAGACUGACUCACCGAACCCCUGGGGUUCAAUCGAAUUUAAAUCCAAAAAAUGUAUGUAACUCUUUCGCUGCGGUGCAAUGCACAGUCCGUUAAUCCACCAUGCUAAAUAGCACAAACUAACACUCUGUGCGUUGUUUCAAUAUUGUGUUAUUUCUCUGUUAAACUUUUUAAGAGCUAUGUAUUAAUUAGACUUUUAAAUAGAAGAGUGGUUUUUCAUUGUUUAUGAGAGAAACCAAGGUUUAUUUUUGGUCAUUUUAAGCAUUAUUUUAUUAAUAUUCUUUAAUUUUUUUUCUAUAUCAAUACUGUUGCUAUAGUUACCUUAGGCACUAGUGGGGUAAAUUUCCAAGACGAUUUGGAAAUGUUUUAUACUAUUUCUUUUGUUGAUGAAGUUGAUUUAGAUUUAGAUUCAUCGCAUGAUUCCGAUUGUAAUAGUUUUAGAUGAUUUGAGUUAUAGCAGUGAAGAUAAUGUAUUCUACAUCAGGCGUGCACAACUCAAAAUGUAAGGUGGACCACAAUACUUUAUGAAAAACUUGUGCGGGCCAAAAGAAAAUACGGCGAGCUAUUAAGAAUAAAUAAUAAUAAAAAUAUUUUGUUGCUUUGUGGGCCGCAAAGUGGGUACUGGCGGGUACUGGUGUUGUGCAGGCCUGGUAGGCCUAUACAUCAAAGGGUUUGGGGAAAAAAUGGUUUUACAUAUCAUGUUUUCACAUUUUAAGUUUAGUUUCUGUUACUUAUUUUAGUUAAGCUGAAGAAAUAAGUUGUCAAACUUAUAGUCCAUUCAUAUAUCUUUCAUUUGAUUCCAAAUUUAGACUUAUAAACUAAAAAAAAAUAACUUUUAUUAAACCCAACCUCUCACUCUUUUUUGCGCUUUGAAAAGCACUUUUUCAUUAAAAAAAUUCUGCAGCGAAAGAGUUAAAAUAUAUGGUACAAAAAAUGAAAAAAAAAAAAAUUUUAAGAUAAUAAUCUGCUUUAGAUUUAAAAAAAUUAAAUUUAUAUUUAAAAAAUUGAUGUAAGUACUAUUAAUGAUUUUAAUGUUAAAUCUUUAUAAACAAAUUUAUAAAAAAAAAAAAAAAAAGAAAAAAAAUCAAUUACCAUUUUUUAAAUCCUACUCCAAUCAUGUAAUCCUAUUUAAAUUGUUAAUUUACUAGUCUGCUCUACAGAGUCUUUUUUUCUUUAUAUUGAGGAUAUGAAUUUUCAGAUUUUGCCCCGAGAACCACUUUUCCUCGGCACAGGUCUGACCACAUGAAGAUAUUUGUAGUUGGGGGCCAUCCAUAAAUGAUGUCACACAUCUAGGUUGGGAGGAUAUCAUGAAUUUGUGACAAUGUAUUAGUAAUUAGGGGCCGGGACCAUCCAUGAUAAAUGAUUUCACACUAUAUUUGCAGGUUCCACUCCACCUCUGUUCUCACAAAAAGUUUGGCUCCCAAAACACCACAAACCUCUAGUCCGUCCUGUUACGCCCCCCCCCCCCCCCCGAAAAAAAUACUAAUUUCAAAAUUUACAGUUACUGAUCUGCUUCAACUAAUUUUUUCAAAUCACUUUUAAUGUAAUUGUAGAGUGCAUUUAACGCUGCUCUGCAAUCUGAUUACCCGGUCCAAUCAAUAUUAUUAACAUAUUUCCUAGAGCAGUGGUCGGCAAAUUGCGGCUCUUUAGCGACCUGGUUUGGCUCUGCCAGUUGGCCAAAAAUGGGUUUUGACUAUAAAAAAUAUGGUUCUUGACAGGUUCUUGAAAAAAAAUUUGGUUCUCAAAAUUUUUUUAAUCGCCCUGCCGCUGAUUUUGGACUCUUUUAACUAAUGAGUUAGCCGACCACUGCCCUAGGGCAUUUACUGAGAUCAUUGUUCCAGAAAAACUGUUUUUCAUUCCACCCAACUUACUGUAACCCUAAUGCUCAGACAAGCGGCAAAAGAAGUGGGACAGAGAGGGCUCCACAUUAUUCUUUUUUCUUUAUAUUGAGGGGCGGCAUUUUCGGCCUGCCUCUGACUCGGGGAGCACUAAAAAAUAGUUUCUUUAGUAGCAUAUUGUUUACACUACCAUAGUUAUUUUAUGGGGUCGGCUGAAGAGCAGGUUUUACACUUUCUAUGCUUUCCCCAGCCAAAACUAGAAGGUAGGCUUAUGAGGGAAUAGCUUUAGAAUGAGUAUGUACUGUAAUAUUUUUGGUGUAUAAAUAAAAUUUUUCAUAAUGUGAAAAGCCAAAAGCCUAAAAAACUUUGAUGUAUUCCAAUUAUAUUUACUGGUAGCUCAACGCUGAAAAGUUUUUGCAAUAUGCGACAUUUUCUCAUAUUACUGUUUAAUAAUAACUUAAACAUAACAAUUGAAAAUAUGCUGUAAAAACUCUUAAAAAAUACUAUAAAAUGAGGCAUGAGGAUUUAGAAGUUAAUUUAAACAUUUUUGAAAAAAAAUGUUUAACUCAAACAGAAAACAUGAAUCUCAAAAUAUCUUUUUUUUUAUCUGCUGAUGUAGAUGUUGCUGCAUGAACUGCAGUAAAGGCUGAAUUGUUGGGUUUUUGAGAGGCAUGGCAGUGCUUCUAUUAAACUUCAGCAAGUACUGUUUCCAUUCCUCUUGAUUAGUCAGGGCUCCAUUAAAGGCCAGACCCCCCCCCCCCCCCCCCCACUUUCUGUUGGCCAACAAUGUAGUUAUAGUUUCUGCUCCAUGCAUCUGGAUUGUUGAUGAGGAAAGUUUGUUGUAUAUCCAAUGCUAGGAAAGGUUGUCUGGUGUGUUGCUAUACAGUCAGACAGCUGAUUCCCAAGUAGUGUGGGGUGGCAGGCAGGGUGUCCAGGAUGAUCUGAUAUUUUUGUGUGAAGUGUUGUAACCAUGGCUGCAUUCAGCUCACCUGACACUGCAGAGUCAAAGAAUGCAAAACUAACCAGGAUAUCACUUGAGCACCAUAAGUGUCCAGAGAAUGACUUUAUAACUUCGUGUUUUUACUUAUAGCCCUCCAACUCACAGGGUAGAUCUGGGUCAUUCUUCGUAGCAGAUGAGGAACAUGUGCAUCUAAAUUAUGCUUUCAACUGGACCUUCAUUGCGAAAGUAUUGCAAUAGCCUUGAGGUGAAUGUUUACGUGCACUCAGUCCGAAUAGAUAAAGUAACAGGAACAUUUUGAGACUUUAAAUCAUCUUCGCCAUCCAUCGAGGUUGUGGUAAGCUCUGAGAGCCUAAAAUGAAUGUCUGCACUUCACUCUACUCUGAAUAUAAAUGUGACAAGCCAAUACUAUGUAAACCAGACCCAUGCUACCACAUCUCCAUUCCUCUCUUUGUGCCUAUAGGAAGUCUCUGCUUUGAGGUAGCUUUAUCAUGGCCAGAGCUUUAUCAAGCUUCAGCUUGUGCCACGUCAAAAAGAUCAUGCAAACUUUUAGUAAAUUGGCUUUCAUUUUCCUUCUGUGAGUUUGUUGUCCAAGAUGUUUUCUUCUUAAUCCAAUUUUAAUAAUUUAAGACAUAUUUAGGUCCUCUAUAUUUUUUUGUGAUGAUGUGGCAGUCCUUAUGAAAAGGAAUACCUGUGUUGUCCCACAACUGAACAAGUUCCUUCAUAGUUGCUGUGGCACUUGUGGAAAUAGUCUUGAAGUCAACCAGCCAUUUACUGCAUUCUUUCUUAGGGAUGCUGGGUGGCCGAGUGGUCUAAACUGAGUCAAUCACAAGUCUGUGAACUGGAGUUCAAUCUCCAGCAAUAGCCUAGGCAAUCAAAAACAGCACCAUCACCCCGGUUGGAUGGGUCUAGUUAACCUAGAGGGCAACUGAUCUAAGAGAAGGCAAACUCUGAAAUCAAACCCAGAGAUAUGGGGUCCUGUAGACAGUAUGACACUAUGAAAAUUCCAACAACUCCUGUGACGGGGAGCACAUAACGAGCACAGUGAGGCACAAGAUACACUGCUGGUCAUCCACUGCAUCCUGGUCUGUUUCCAGUCGUCUUGACUAAGUCUUGCCAUUAUAACAAAUAGGCAAAGAUGAGAGAGUGAGGCUGACGAAUUGAGCAACUCUACCUCACUUUAAACAAACUACAGCUCAAUUCAGGGCUACUACUCAAGUUAAAGCCAUGGUCAUUUUCGAAGGAUGAACUAAAUCUUGGGCUCAUCACAACUGACACUUUCCAUCCAUCUUGAUGAUCUGUAAUAUAAUAGACCAGGGGUCGGCAACCUUUUUGUCUGAGAGAGCCAUGGACACCACAUAUUUUGAAAAGUAAUUCUGUGAGAGCCAUAUAUUAUGUUUAAAACUAAAAAUUCAAGUAAAUGUGUGCAUUUUGUGUAUUUUCAACACUAAAAAUGCAAUAAUUAUGUUUCUGAAUUCUUUUUAAUAACAUUGUUAUGCUGUUGCUAUUCAAUAAUGAGUAUUUCUUACCAUUAAUGUGACUUUUUUUAUAAUCGAACAUGUAUCUGCGAGCCAGAUGCAGCCAUCAAUAGAGCCACAUCUGGCUCGCAAGCCAUAGGUUCCUGAUCCCUGUAAUUGACAAUAGUAUUAUGAUAUGUAACAUGCAAUAAAUGAACACAUGACAACUUUACAACCCAUUGAGCUACCAGUGAAUAUUAAAACAUCUGCACUAAGCUUGGCCUAGUUACUCUGCUUGGCUUAGUUACUCUGCAUCACAAAAGGAACACAAUAAGGGGGUUGGCGUAUGAACAAAGUGGCUUUCGAACCAGUAUCUAUGGUAGUUGAUUAUCUUCAGUUAACACCAUAAGUAAUUUAAUUUUCUCCAAAAAUGCAAAGGCACACAUAGCAAGCUAUAAUGACAUAAUUAUUGAGGAACAAUGGUCAUUUGAAUUAUUAAUUUGCUUCCUGGUCAGAAUAUAGCAUACAAUUGGGAAGGAAUAAUUCUUAAUGUUUGUUACAUUUGAUACGGUAGUGACAAUAGUAGUGACAGUUGUUAGGAUAAAAGAUUUAUGAGAAAUGAUCAUGGGGAUGAAAAUAUUUAAUAGGCAAUUGAAACUAAAAGUAAAUAAGUUAAGUUGAGACCAGUUAAAUUUAAAUAGAUCAUAUUUAAAAUCGGUUUAGAGAAUUUGACAAAGAAUAAUUACAAGUGGAAAAAAAAAUGUGUACAUCUCUGACAGAUGAUAAUCAUGAUAGGAUCCAGCAAACAAAUAUUAAGCGGGGAAUUACCAGCCAUUUUGCCAGGACUUUAAAGGUAUUACAACAGAGACACCUCCUGUCUGAUGUCAGUGAGUUUAUUCACAGGUAGUUAGUCACAAUAAUCUCCUUAUUAAUUGUAUAUUUUAUUUUUAUUUUUCACCAGUUAAUAUAUUAAAAAAAUUCUUUUAAUGUACAAUUUAAUCUCUCUAUAAUCAAUGGAACAUUUCUCUAAAACUUGUUGGGCUUUGCUUUAAAAAAAAUAAUUAAGUUUACUGUAAUUUUUUUUCCCAAUCAAAGUUGAAACUUAUUAGAAAGUGUUUAAAUUUCAAUGAUAUUUUGUAGAAAAGUGCAAGAUGUCCUGGGCUGAUUUUCACAUUUUAUUCAAUGAUUGCCUAUACACAUAUUUUUUCUCCAAAUUAUUUUUGUUUUUAACUUAUCUGCCUUGUGUUAAGAAAAAAAAAUCACCUCAAAUAAUUUUCUUGCAGUGAUGAUGCCUCCAACAACCUCUGCAAUGCUUUGGAAGCUGUUUUUCUGCAUGGUCUCAAAGACUCUGUUGCUCAUAAGGUGAUUUUGAAAGGGAAACAAAUUAUCUGUCAAAUUUAUGCAAUGAACGGCUUUGUAAAUGAAGAUGAGCAGCAAUGAGAAUGUAUGCCAGCUCUACCUGCUUUCAACCUGCCUAUCUUGCUUAUCAGUAUACAGAAAGACAACCAAGGCUUCUUCUUCUAUAUAUUAAGGGCCCACGAUCAAUUUAUUGAUCAUUUUGGCUCCUAUGCAUGUAGAGGGGAUUUACAGUGCUUCUGUGCCUGGUGUUGAUGAGGGUAUUUCACUGAUAGCAUGUGCUACUUUGUGAGGGAAUCAUGCACUGGGGGUUGAAAGGCUUGAGGCAAAAGAUGCAAAUGUGUCUAGUUUUGUCACUUCAACUGUUUCUUUUGAAAGCUUGUUCCAGUCCCUGAUUGUCUUUGGCAGGAAUGAGCAGUUCCUAUUGUCUUUGUCAGGAAUGAGCAGUUCCUAUACUGGCUUCUUGCUGGUAUGAACCAGAAUUGCUUGUCAUGGCCUCGUCGCUGUCUAGGCGGGNGGGGGGGGGGGGGGGGGGGGGGGGGGAGGAACGAGUUUCUGUUUAAUACUGGAACAGUGGACUAGCCCAUUAUUUGUUUUAUACAAUAUGGAGAGCCUGGAUUGUCGUCGUCGUUCCUCCAAUGGUGACCAGCCUAGUGUUUCCAGCAUGCUGCCAACACUAGAGGUAUUCCUGUAGCGGUUCAGGACAAAGUGUGCUGCCUGUCGCUGGACCGCCUCCAACCUGUCAAUGCUCUCCUGGGUAAAUGGAUCCCAGACUGAAGAUGCAUAUACUAAAACCGAACGGACAAAGGCUUUAUAGGCUCUUUCUUUCACACUGGAGUUGCCAAUCUUUAGAUUACGCCUCAAGAACCCCAGGGUCUUGUUUGCCUGGUUACACACAUUGUUAAUAGGCUUCAUGACAGGGCUGUAACCAAAAGUUCACAGAGGAAAGGGAAGGGAGGUCUGCAUGACAAAAUGGUCCAGCACCUGUUAAAGACUGUGUGCACUGAUGCUAACAUGUUAUGUGAAGUAGACAUUUCUUCCCAACUAUGCAUGCUAUCAAAGCAAUGUAUUUUGGUGCCAUCACAUUGUCACAACAUUUUUUUUUUAUAAUUGGACACAAUCUUGUAAAACUCAUUGGAAUUAAUCUGAAUUUUAAUGGUCUUUAAAUUAAUGCUUGAUUUUGUUUGAUUGAAAAUGCUAUUUUCUUCAUCAGAUUACAGCAUAUGUGGGGUUGUCUGCCGUUACAACGGACUCCACUUCAGGCCCAGUGAGUUUAUGCAUAUUUAUUUAUUUUUAAAAUUAUUUUAGGAUUAGUCUAAUGAGUUUACAGUUCAAUUAUUUUCAUUGAAAAAAUGUGCAAUUUUUGCCUGGAUAAAUUUGGUGAAUAAACAGCUGUAUGGUUGUAUUUGAUUGGUAUUUUAUCUGGCUACAUUAAUUCGACAGAACUUUUGGAGUGUGGUGGCCAAGUUCACACACAGUGACGUUAUUGUACAGCUACAAGCACUGUCACAGAUCAAUACAAAUAUUGGCUGGUGUCGGGUAAUUUUGGUCUUGUGUAAUGUGUUUUUAAUUCUCAUAGAUUAUUUUAGUUCAUCUACCAAGGAUGUAAAACGGUAAUCAAAUUUCAGGUCAUCGGAGUUAAUUUGUACAAAACCUUUAAAGAAUUAUUUUUAAUCAUGCUUUAAAGAGAAAUGUGAAGAAAAAAAAUAUUUGACUGCUGCUAAGAAUGAAAUCCAACAUCCCUUUGUCUUUGCAGGCAUUUAUUCUGCUUUAGAUAUCCAUUAAUUAUCCAUAAGCGCUGAUCUAGUUUAUAUUUAGCUUGAUUGUUUAACCUUGUUUUUGCUAAUUAAAUUAUCUUUAGAGCUGAUGUUUUACUAAUCUGAUUUUUUAUUUGUUGGUUUACAUUUAGGCCUGGAUAAGGUUAGCAUUAAAUGAUGGUCUCAUGCAGAGUUAUCUACACUCCAUGAUUGUGGACACAAAAACUCUCAAGUAAGCUUUUCAAUUUUUUGCCUUUAUUUAUUACAUUUUUUUGUGAUGCUGCAUUUGUAGAUAAGUAAUAACGAUACCUUUUUUAAUAGAUACGUAUGUUUGACAUUUAUUUUCAGAUAUUUUUACCACUCCUUUGCAUUUCUAAGGGAUUUUGAGCAACCAGGAAUUUUGAAAAAUUUAUUGACAGGUUGGUAAAAAUUGUUUUUGCAAAGCGCAAUGAUUCUUGGCAUCACUAUGGUUGAGUUUCUUGCAUUUCACGAUCUCUAUACUGUUGAAGAACAUCUUUAUCUGUUGGAUUUUUGUUGAGCUUGGACGAUGUUAUUUAAUUGUUGCGCCACAUACUGUUAUGUUAUCCUAUACAAUUAGUUGUUCUCCAUACUAAUGUUACACCUCCAGGUCUGAUGAGCUUAGAUUUCAAACUGUCGUAUAACGCAAGUGUUCUUAACAGCUGGAACAACACAACUCUUCAGAUCGCAGGACUCCUGGACAGUCAAAGUGUGCCGCCUCCAGCCAUCAGUGUUAGCAGUACUACAGGUCAGUGUGAUUCAAUUUUCCAGAUUGGCCAGACAAUAAUUGAGGAUUUCAUGAAAUUCAAAAGGGUAUUUGAUUUAAGAAAUGUAGAUUAACCCAUUAGAGCAGUGGUUCUCAAACUUUUUUAGGCAACAGCCACCUUGGGAGCAUAAUGUCACCCUCAGUGCUGCUCUAUUAUUACAAACUACAUAAUACAGUAAAGCAUUGAUUUUCUGAACAGCCACUUUCAUUUUUUAAAUUUUUAAUAUCGAAAGCUAUGUGCAUGGCAUAGAGCAUUAAUGUAUAAUAAAAACAUAGAAAAAUAUUUGAGACCUCUGUUGCACAAUCCAAGGGAAAAAUCUAGAUAUGUAUUGUACAUGCAGUGUUAUAAUGUGAUAUCGCGACCUGAAAACUCAUACAGCCCUUUAAUGUAUUUAUUAACAGCUCUAUGGAUCUAACAUCUGGAGGCAAUGUUUGGGCUUUGGUAAAGUGACAGCAGUUUUUAAUGCCUGGUUUAAAGUCUCUUAGCAGAAAUUUAAUGACAGCACUUAAACCACCUUCCACCAAAUACAAUUUUAGGAUUAAACGACAAGUUCGUUAACCAGCUUCAUUCAUGCAUGAUAGCUAUAGAAAUUAUCCUUUUGAAAUCAAAUUGCUUGAUGAUGUCAUUUCUUAAAUGUUGGCUUCCACUCAAUAUCAUUUCAAAGUAGCCCCUCCUCCAGUUCAUCAACUUCCACAAAUAUCAAACAGAUUUAUCACACAAUCUGUUAUCUAAUUCAGAAGAAAAUGAUAAAAUUUCUGGGAUCAUCAUAAGUAGCAAACCCAAAAUUUUGCAAUAAUCAUAUUGCAUCCCACAUUUCUCUUCUUGGGCACAGUUUCUUCGAAAAAGUAUAACUGAACAUUAUUGCGCUUGAACAGUUAAUUAUCAUUCCAAGUGGAUUAAAAUUAAAGCAAUGAUUUCAGGGAUUUUCCAUGUGAUAGUAAUGACAGUAUUAGCUAUAGUGGUGAUGGCGACAUAAGCGUAAGAUAUUGACAAUUGUAGCCCUAAGCUUGAUCAUAUUGUUACAGACUACUUUGUUCGGACAGGCUGGGAAUUUAAAAGAAAAGACAAAGAUUAGACCUUCCCUAAAGAAUAUCAAAGACAUUGAUAUUUGAGUAUUAAUUAAUUUAAAAAAUGGAUUGAAUAAUUUCAAUUGAAAAGGAUUUUUGAACUCAUUUCGUGCUUUUCCCCUUUGUGUUUUGUAUGACUAUGACAGAAAUUUGAAUGUAGUGAAUGAAGAAAUUCACAAAAAUUCCAAUUUUCAUUUGAAAUAAGUACCUAUAAUGUCACAUUUUCUGAGAGAAUAGUGUUUCUAGUAUCUCAAAAACUUGAUUUUAUGAUAGUUUGAGCAAUUUAUGGAGUACAAAGUUGAGUUAAAGGCAGAAGAUGAAUUUUAUAAUUGUACUCACUCUGUUGUCAUUAUCAACAUACAUAAUAUAAAAACAAAUUCUUUUCAUACCAUAAUGCACUUUCAGAAAAUGUAACUUGCAAUGGUCUCUGAAUUCAUUUAAUAUGGGAUAUUGUCAAUUUUGACAAGCAGAUUAAAAUGCUAAAAAUGGCUUGACACAACAGAAAAAUUGCACUUGACAGCUAUAGGGUUAAUAAUCAAUGUUAUGUUUCAGGGAGUAAUGGAUGAUUGCUAGCAUCAACGGCCUCCUCAAACUUAAUUUAUUGCGGCUAUUGGUGGUAUUUUAUCAGACUGUUGCCGAGUUUUGUUGCAUCAUGAUAUUGGCGAUAAAUUGCACAGUGAGUAGUCGAGGUGUUUGGUCGCGUCGCUGCCAAAAAAUAAGCAACAAUCCAGUGCUGCAACCAGCCAUUGAUGGUGCUCACUCUGUUGCAAUAGAAUGUUGUUUUGCGGAAUUUCCUUGAAGGACUGCUCAACUAAAUGAAAAAUUAACACCCCCCUCCCAUUAUGUGCUUCUAAGUGUCAGAGAAACGGAGCUUGACACACCCCCGUCCAUUAUGUGCUUCUAAGUGUCAGAGAAGCGGAGCUUGAUAUACUCUCAUCUGUUUCAAAAUGUACAUAAACGAGAAAGAACAAAUUUUUGUAUGCAAAAAUGACUCAGUCAGCUAUAAUAAAAUGUCCAUACUACCAGCAUUGUGUCUAUGAACUCGGAAGCUCAUUAUUUCCUGGUAAGUUCUUCACCUACUGUAUGUGAUGCUCCAGAUUUUGUAACUACCCAAGAAAUCUGGGGUGUUUUUUGUUUGUUUCUUUUUUUAUAUGAGAUGCAUUGCAGAAAAACGUAUUAACCACAACUUUUAAAGUCCAUUUCAAUAAACAGAUGGCAGGCCAGCUAAGUAAAGGCGUCCUGUUGUGUAACAGCCACUGGUGUAUCUGUCCGAAAGUUGGAUCAGACCACUUUUUAUCUCUUCUAGUUAUGUGUGAAAAGUGACGACAUUAUAAUUAGCGCACAGCCUUAUUUUAUUUGUUCUUUAUCUAUCUUUAAAAUAUAUAAUUACAUUUUUUGUUAAAUAUUCUUGAUAUAAUUCCCUAGCAUCCCCUUUGGGAGCAGGCCCCAAUACCCCGAGCUAUCACACCAGCUGCGCCGCCGCCCCCCGCACUCCCCACACUUUGAGAACCACUGCAUUAAAUGCCGGAGAGUACUUUCUGAUCUUUUGGUUGACUAACACAAGACAAAAUGAUUAAUUGUCAAGAUUUAUAAUAUUUAAAUUUUGUUGAAAUAAAUUGUAUAUGCUGUUUGUACAUUUGUCCAACACUACAAGCUUAUCAAUUUACAUUUCAGAUGUUUCAAAUAAGCAAAUCAAGGAAGAUUCGUCUAAAGUCACUAGAAAGGAGGAGCCUGUUCUCAUUUCAAGCUCAGGUGUUGAAAAUCUUCCUGUGUUUGCAGGCGUUGGAAAUGUAGUGGACCAUCCCAGCUCUGCUGCUGAUGUGAGCUUGUUGUCAGUGUCAGAGGGUUCUACAUGUUCACAAGUGUCUUGUCCCGAUCCAGGACCUAGUUCCACAGAACAUUUCACAACUCUUGUCAAGAAAUCCUUACCAAACUCACCAGCAUCAGGUAACACUGAAGGCCCUGCUUUUCUAGCUGCUGACAGUAGCCCACAGGACUGCAAGGGUGGCCUGUGGUCAUCAUCUUUUGGUCAAGAUAUCCAGGCUGCCAUCUUGAGUAGGGCGAGCCCAGAGAUUGGUGAACAUGUUUUUGGAAGGGCAACGGGGUCCAUUGUCAUUUCAGAUGACACAGCCUCUUUGGCUGAUUCUCUGACCAGGCCAAGAAGUCGGAGAGUAGAUGAGGAUGAGCUCAAACAUUAUUCUCCCAAAGAUCUCUCCUUGUUCCCCAAGCAAGAACCAGCGCAAGCUAUAACUGUGGGGAGGGAGAGUACUGCGUCAUCAGAUGAUUCAUUCCAUUUUCAAAAUCAUCCAGACGAGGCUGCAAGCAAGGGAGGUGAUCUGUCACAAACAUUAGCUGACUCAGACUCUGUUCCAAGGGAGAUAAACUAUGAGGAAAUUUGUGCUAAUCCAAGUGGGAAAAAUUAUGAAGAAAUCUAUGCCCAUCUGCCAGCACUAAGGUUAGAUUCCAUGGAGCGAGAUGCUAUUUUACACAAAGUGCUUGAAGAGUUUGACAAACAGGCAGAUAAGGAAAGGGAGGUCAGAGAUGCAAGACAAGCAGAAAGUCACAUUGAUGAUGCAGGGGCCACGACCUGGGUGUCUAAUGACAUUGCCACACAUCUAAAGGCUGGGCAUAAUGAAAUGUCUCAUUAUGUUAUAGGUCAAGGGCAAAAUGCUGCACAUGCUCCAUCAGAAAAUCACACCACACUGGAGGCUUCCAUCUAUAACACUUUGAAUGAAUCAGCAGAUGAACUAUCUAUGUCCGGUCACUUUGGCAAUAGCCUCAGUGGUAUGUCUGGAUGGUCUUCGGAUAUAGAGUCCAGAAAAGGUCAUAGGGCAAAACAGGGUCAUGAAUCAGACAAAGGUCGAGGUAUGUAUUUAAAAAAAUGAAUACACUAACACCAUUAUUUCUCUGGCAUCAUUCAUUCUUUCAGAAGAUGUUCACUCAUCAUUCCCUCUCCUUCUUUCAGCUGAAAGUUUUGCUUCACUGUUGCGCACAUAUGUGCCUGACAUUUCUGGCCGCAGCCCAAUUGUCACUCUUGACCAGGUUAUUGGAUCUCUCCCUGUUACAGAAUUUGAGGACGGUCUCAAGUCAGAAGGAAGUUCCUCAAAUACUAAAUCUGAUGUUGCACAGGUAACAACUGAACUUAAUAGAUGUAAAAAAAAAAAUAAUCAUUUAUUCCUAGGAAUUGUGUUAAACUGAACAUUUCUGUUCACAAGAAUAAACCAGAAAAGAGAGCUAUUGUCAAUUCCAUUUUUUAAAAAAACAUUAUCAUUAUUUUAGAAAUACUAAAAAUGUUAUACUGUUUCAAUAAAAGGAUAUCCUAUCACUUUUUUGAAAUGUUGAUCAUCUAUGUGAUGUGAUGAUUUCAUCAUUCAUUUAAUGUUACAAGAUAUCAAUGACUUCAACAGACCUAAACACAUUUGUUAUAUAUUCUUUGGCCUGUUGAGAAAUAAUUUUUUUUUUUAAAGUGGCGUUAAUUUAAGUUUCACUUUCAAGCUCUCGGUCCAAACUAUAUUCUGCAUGUUGAGGAGUUGAAAUUUAGUGAAAUAUCCCCAAUUAAAAGAUUCAUUUUAGUCCUCGAACAAACCACAUCCACUCACCCUGCUUCAAAGGGCAAGCCCAACCCUCUUGAAUUACAAAUGAAGCACCCUAAAAAUCAAUAGAUAGAUGGUAUUCUAAAGCUGUGCCACUUGCACACCAUGGGACGUCACUUUGUAAUGUGUAACUUGAAUUAAACUUGACUCUUCCUGUCAAUCCAGCACCAAGACACUUGUCUAGAAGGUUUUGAAGUCGUGCAGUGUGCUGACACUUCUAACUUUGGUCCUGUCAAUUCAGUGAGUGGCCUGCUUUUUCUAAGGUGGUGGCUAACUCUUUUGCUGAUUGUUGAUUUGCUUGGUGCAUUUUAUUUGUGCAUUAUAAUCAGUUAGAAUUUUUUAUUUCUCUGUUUUGUUCGAUCACUUUCAACAUUUAAUGUUCUUUGGGUUAUUUUUUUUUUUAUUGUGAGUCAUUUUGAAAAGUUUUUUCUUCUUGAACUGUGUAUGAUUAGUGUUUUGGUAAAUUGGUUUGUAUUUUCAUUUGUAAUGCAUAAUGGCAUUUGUGUUGUAAUUUAAGUUCAGCUUUCUAAGGCUUGUCAACUUGUAACGACUUAAUUAACCCAUCCAAAUUUUAAAAAAAAAUGUUUAUAUUUUUUUGCAAAUAAAAAAUUAUAAAUAAUUUAUAUUGAUGUUUUUAAGAAUCAUAUUGCAAAGACAAUUUCAAUCAUUUUUUUGGGUGUGAUUUGCAUGCAUGUUUUGUGCAUGGUUGUAGUGUUUAGAUUUGUUAGGCUUGUCAUUGAAAUAAAAUUCAUCAGAGCCAAGUUGAGCUCAAGGUGAAACCUCUCUUUAGCAUAAAAGAAAUAUGAAUUAUGUCAAAGGAGAAUUUAUACAUUAACAAAUUAAAACAAGGAACUGGUGGUCAUGACCCAAACAAGUUGUUUUAGCUAAAUAUGAGAUUAGAUCAGUGAAACAACUGCCAAUUCCAAGUAUUGAUUAACUACCAGAUCGAAAAACCUGCUGUGGCCGAAUUAAAUCUAGGUCACAUCUUCUCAUUUUAGGUGUGUGUACAAAUUUAGCUGUAGUUUUCUUAAUUAUAGACAUAUGCUUAUGAUUAAUAAACCAUUUGGUAGGUAAUUGAAUUGUCUAUACGAUAAACAUAAAACAUUUUUAAAGUUAAGUUUUGUUAGGAAAUAAUUAAUUGUUAAAUUAGUAUUUACAACAGAAAAACAAAAAAAAUAAAAAAAUUUCCACAUUAUUUAAAGCCUUUUAUUUGAUGUUUUCAAAGGAGUAUAUCCAAUAAUAAGAAAUAGGCACCAAAGAACACAGAAAUUGAACAAUAUUUGCACUUCCAAUCACUUAUAUGCCUUUAGUAACCCUGCCACUUGUUGCCACAGUGAACAAGUAGUAAAAUUUUGUAACUAGCUUGGAAUUUAAAUCAAAAUUAAUUAACAGCUCGUUUUUUAAAACAUUCUGCCUAUAGCAUGCGGUUCGAAUAUAAACAUCCUGUCAGUAAAUUAAAAUCUCAAAGCAGAAGGAGAACGGAAUAUAAUAAAUAUUUGAUUUGAUUUACUACGAUACAAACAUUGGCGCUAUCAGCGGCUCGUGGCCAUAACGGUAGAAAUGCUGCGCCACUCCCACUGGCUGGCUCAUGGUAUUUAACCAGUUAAAGGAAAUAAAAGAGGAUGAUAUUAGCAUUUUUAUUACUUUACCUUGAUCUACUUUUUGUUUCACAUGGGAGACUUUGCUUCUUGACAUUCAAGCUUUGUGAUCUAUGUUAUUGUAAUAAAGCUUCACUGUUAUUUUGUUGUCUUUUUUUAAAAUUCUUAUUUCAAAUUUUUUAUUUUGUUUUUGCAUUGCCAUGCCAUGUGAAUAUUUUCAAUUGGUGUUGGGCUUCAUUGAAAAUGUUUACCUGAUGACCCAUGUUGCUCUUUUUUACCAAUAACUGAGGAUAACUACUUUUAAUUCACAGAGCUCUCGGAUGAUUUUAUUAUUUGAAAUUGCUAGAGAGCAUGGACUAAGUCACCAAAACUUCACUUGCCGUGGAUGUUCAAGGCCUAUAGGAAUAAGUAUGAUCAUGCCUAGAUAAAUAAAACUUGCCAUUUUGUUAGAACUUGCAGAAUCAAGAAAUGGGAAAUUUUUUAAUUCGUGAAACUAUUAGAUAUUAUCUAAUCAUCAUUGUCAUGACAAUCUAACAUUUAAGAUUGGUCUGCUUCCUUUUAGGUAUUCAGGAUUUCAUUAUUACAAAUUUGCUGAUGAAUAUUGAUUACUGUUACAUAAUUUUAUUUUUUAUUAUUGUAAACAAUGAUUAAUGAACUCCAUUUUUAAAAAAAAAAUUUUUUUUUCAGUUUAUGGCAAACCUCGGCUGUGUGAAUUUGAUGGUGGUCUGUAUUGUUACGAGUGUCAUGAAAACAAUGAGUCUUACAUCCCAUCAUAUAUUGUUUUUAACUGGGACUUUCGAAAAAGGAAAGGUAAAGUGGAUUAAUCAAUAUCUGGCUCAUUAUAAUGGCAUCUGUCUUCAAGAGAAAAUGGUGCCAAUUGUUUGCUGGGAAAGCCUCUUGGCUAAACUGCAAACCCCGGGGGAUAUAUUUUUUUAUAGAGUUUCAAUGUUUACCUUAAAGUACAUCCACCCCCUCUCCUACGCAGAUGGUGAACCCAGUAACAUGUAAUGAUCAAUACAGCUUCCCAUCAGUUUCCAAAAUUUUAUUCUGAAUUAUUAGAGGAACUGACAUUUGUAAAAAUCAUUUUAAUUUUCUUUUAAAAAAUGCUGCUAAUUGUAAUGAAAUUACAUAUUUCAUUUGAUUUUUCACUCAGUGUCCAAGGAAAAUUUCAAGUUUCUUCAAGAGUUUGAGGACCAGGCAUUGUAUGAUGUUGAGCUUCUCAAUCCUAAACUUUAUGUGCAUGUUCCAGAACUUGAUGAACUCAAGGUAGGGGAAAUGACUAACUUAUGAUUAUCAAGUCUUGUGAACUGAAUGAAAUCUGUUACUACUUUGUUCGAGUUGCUGUAACAAAAUAAAGGAUAUAGUAAAUUCAAUACAAUUUUAAAUUUCUUGAAUCACAAUAGUUAAAAUGCAUAUUUUAAAUUAAGAAAAUGUUUAAUUUUACACUGUAACUCACAACUGUAAGGGGAGAAAAUUUAAUGACUAAAAUCAUGAUGUCUGUCAUUAGGAUUUUAUAUUUGAUCUGCUUUUUGUUAGUUAAAAAUUGGCAGAUAAAAUAUGUGAUGUUUAAAAACGUUCAUUUCAGACUCUAAGACAACAGCUGUGUUACCUCAAGUCAUAUUUGUUUACAUGCUCUCAGAAAGUUGCUGGGUCUCUGAGGCAAAAGGUCUGGCCAAGGGAGCAUUUAUACGACAAACGGGACUUGUAUUCUGUUGGGGUAAUGUUAUUUUUCACAUCUGUUUCCUUCUGCAGGCUAAUGUUCAUUGAAUAAUGUAUGCAAUCAACAAAACUGAGUGAUUUGAAUCCAGGUUAAAUACACUAUAGACUGGAGCAAAGGACUGUUUGUUAAAAUGUCAGAUAGUCAUCAAAACAUUCUUUUUUUUUUUUUUUUAUAUUUAGAGGGAAACUUGUGCUAUUUUAUAAAUUUCUAAUAAAGAUUUCAAACGUCAAAAAUUUUAAUAAAAAUAGAAUUUCUUUGAAGCUUGACUAAUGGUUAAAUUGUUUGGUAUAAUGGAUUAUACAUAUCCUGUCCAAUGUAACAUUUCCUGAGGAUUUCCAAUUGCCUCAGUCACCAUCUGUUGCAAGUAAUUGUUUUUCUUUAUUUAAAAUUGAAUUGCAGGAUUUCCUACAAGUGCAGUCAGGCACACUUCAGAAACUAGUCAAGGAACUGGUCAAGUUUGGCUCCAGCCAUGUCUAUGAGUGUGCACUCUGUAGUCAGAAAGGAUUUGUCUGUGAGAUUUGUCGCAACCCAAAAGUGAUCUAUCCUUUUGAAGUGGAAACAACUCUUAGAGUAAGUUGAUUUUUGGAAAAAUUCAUUUGAGUUGUCAUAAAAUAUUUCAUAAAAUAUAAGAUGAUUUGAAUAUUUGUAUUCACCAUCCAACUGAAAAUUGUUCUUUCUAAUAGAUGGAAAGAUUUUGUUUUUUUAAAAUAGUAUUAGUUCCAUGAAUUCAGUCAUCCUAUUAAUGAAAUGUCGUAAUUUAAAAUUAUACUAAAUGAUAGUAUCAUUAUAAUGUACUAAAAAUCUUUUUUCAAUGUGUUUUCUUUUACUAUAUUAAAAAGCCUUUUCAAUUGUAUAUACGUCUAUAAAAUGGCAUCCAACUCAACAAAAAGGUUUGGAACUUGUGAUUUAAACUAAUCUCAAAACCAUUGAAAUCGCCCUGAUUUUAUGUGAUUUUUUUUCACACCAUGAAAGAACAAAGAAAGUAAAUAUUCCCUUGUUAGUUUUUUUUUUUUUGUUCAUGUCUAUUCCUCUGAAAUAUGGUUAAUUCCAAUAAAAUAGAAUAUAUUUGCCUUUCAUGUCCCCAGUGUAAAACUUGUAAAGCUGUUUACCACAAGACCUGUAUGACUGAGAGCUUGCCAUGCCCCAAGUGUGAAAGGUGGGGACGUCGUGUCAGUAAGAGCAGCAUUGUGGAGGAUCAUCCUGAAGAUUAUGGCAUGUCACCUUCAGAUAAACUCUGAAAUGGCAUUUCACCAACUGGAUAACAAGGAAUGAGACAUGACUUCAUCCGGGCAUCCAUGGAUGCACCUUUUCAUCAUGUGGAUAACCAUGAUAUCUUAUCUAGUGAUUGUCUGACUGUGUGAAAUGAACUCAAACAGACCAUUAAGUCUAACCCAGUUAUAAAGUAACAGCAAAUCCAUGGAUGAGGUGAUAACCAUUAAGUUCAUGUCAUAACCAUUUUACCAAGCUGAGGUAAAGAGCAAAAUAAAGUGGGAAAUCAGCAAUAUUUGUUUAAAUCAGCAAAAUCUGCCUAAUUUAAAUCGGCAAAAUCUGCCUAAUUUUUAAAAAUAUGCAAUGGAAUAGUAAUGUCAUUAAAUUAUGUCUUUCAGCAUUGUACAUUAUUGUAUUAUUAUCUUUGCUUAUACAGAGAUUAAUUUUGUUGAUAAAUCAAUUAAGUUUAUUGCAUGCCAAUAGGUAAUGAUAAAAAAAAUUCAAAAUAAAUCCAAUAUAAAGAGAUUUUAUUAAAGCUAUAGUUGGUCGAGCUUAUUUGGUAAUUUUAAGUUAUAUGCUUGAGAUAUCGGAAUUUACUGACCUUCCCACCCAAUGCUAAGUGGUAGUGUAAUUGUUCAAAUUGAUUAAAGAAGUUAACCAGAGCGAUUCUUUUUAAAUCAUGUGUUGAAAAUUUAGUUCUAUAUCUUUUGUUGCUUUUUUUUAAAACAAAAAUC